AUUUUGCACCGAGAUAGAGCAAAAAUUUUUCACGGAGAUAAACGCUUAUCUCCCGCUGCUUUUCCGCGAGGAAGGACCCGGAAAAACGGCGCAUUGCAUAUCUCUGAAAAAAAACGAAAGCGAAGCCAAGUUUUUGCGACCUGUUUUCGCUGAGGUCGCACCGUCUCUCUUCACCAUAUGGUCAACAUGCAGUCAUUCCGAGGUGUGUUGACGAUGCUGGCUCUUGGAGCCGCCUGCGCCGCCUUCGACCUGAAGCUGGCCACCUUCAACAUCAAGCAGCUCGGGGAUGCGAAGUUGGACAAGCCUGACGUCGUGGAAAUCCUUCUACAGAUCCUGGACGACUACGACCUGGUGUCCAUCCAGGAGCUGACGGACGCGGAUGGCAGCUGCGUCCCGCGCCUGCUCGACCUCCUCAACGAGGCGUCGGGGAAGGAUUACACGAACCUCACGUCGCCGAGGCUCGGCAGCUCGGACACCAAGGAGCAGUACCUCAUCCUGUACCGACCUUCCGUCGUCCAAGUGAAGAACAGCCUCCUCUACGACGACGUCGGCGACGACUUCGAACGGGAACCGGAAUCUUGGAUGACUCCAUCUGUCCUCCCAUUGCCUCCAUCUAUCCCCGCAUUGCCUCCAUCUGUCCUCGCAUUGCCUCCAUCUAUCCCCGCAUUGCCUCCAUCUGUCCUCGCAUUGCCUCCAUCUAUCCCCGCAUUGCCUCCAUCUGUCCUCGCUUUGCCUCCAUCUAUCCUCGCAUUGUCUCUCAUCACAAUGUCGAUCGCGUCGCAUCAUGUUGCAGGAGGCUACGUGUUCACUAUCGGGUCCAUCCACACGAGGCCCACCGCAGCGGUCCCGGAGUUGGACCAUUUCGCACUCGCCACGGACUGGGUGACGGACACCUCCGGCGUACAGGAGUUCAUUCUGCUGGGCGAUUUCAAUGCGGACUGCGAUUACGUGAAGGAAAGCGAUUGGCCCAACAUCAGCCUCUGGACCCGACAAGAGUUCGAGUGGCUCGUGGACCACGACGAGGACACCACCGCCAAUGGCAACACCUUCUGCGCCUACGAUAGGUGA